UCCAGUUGUGGCCUUUGACUGAUUAACAUACCACGUUUCAAUACGCGCAUAUUUUAUCACCAAUUUCAUCAGUUUGGGCAUUAUAUGUACAUGUAUGACCAUGUGGUCCCGGUCAUGUCGGACUAGGAACUCCAGUUAUGAUUGUUGUUUGAUCAGACUGACUCUCAAUGAUCAGUAUACCAUGAUUUCACUAUAAUUAUACUCGAGUGCGUUUAUUUCUUCACCUACCUCUGUCAGUUAAGACAUAAUGGACCAAGUUCGAUUCUGGACUAGAAAUGAGUAAUAGUUUAGUUAUUAUCUUAUUCACAUGAAGUAUAUAUACUGAAUUUCAUAUCUCAGUUAUUUGAUACUAUCUAAUCUUGUCCUAUAUUGUAAGUGUGCUUUCUUUGAAAGAUAAAAUAUUAACUCGGAUUGUUGUCACAAAUGUAUACUAUAUAUCUGUAAUAUCUAUCUUUAAUAUUGUGUCAACAAUUUUCUUCUUCGUAUCAAGUUAACAGCGUGUUCUGGAAAAUAAUGAGAAUAGGCUAAUACGGAUUUGAUAGAUACGGAAAAUUGUUGCAUUGCGGUUAUAAAAAGCGAACGGGAAUAGACUGACCUGACGGCUUAUCUAUCGGGGAGCUAUGAGGCCAGGGCGUAGAUGUAACCAGUGCAGUGCGGGGGAGCGGUUGUACCUUGUGGGAUCAACAGUCGGACUUCUGGUUGCAAUAGGAUUUGCUCUGUAUGGUAUCAUAGCGGAUCACUUUCAGACAGAUGACUCUAGUUAUCUUUUCAUUUUCGCAGUAAAUUGUUGCUUUGCUUUGAUUUAUACCGUAAAAGGAAUCAAGCAUGAGGACCCUUACGAUCUCAUGAUACUCGUGCUGUCAGUGGCGCCACCUACAUUUUACAUUAUCAUCGACUAUGCGCUUGGUGGCAGAACCGUUUUCAAGGAGAUAAGAUUAAUUUUGGGCAUGCCAUUUGCGCUUUUCAUUGGUGGAUUCGGAAUUUAUCAUCUAUGGAGGUUUUUGAGGUCAAAGAAUUUCAUGGCGAGGUAUGGAAUAAGCGAUAUCCAACCUAGAAGGCGUGCCUGGAACACCGACAGCGAUGCUAGCAAUGAAAAAACACAAGAAACUCUCAGAAAAUGUCUGCGAACCAUGCUAUUGUUCUAUUUUCUUCUCAGUGUCAACUUGCAAUGUGACAUAAGUGCGGCCGUGUUUACUUUAACGUCUGGAUAUGCCGUCGAGUUGGACUCUGGGAACAUUAAACAAAAAGAGAUGUUCAUUCUAUUUUUCGCAGUUGUGAUCAUUGCAUCUGUUUCCUGUAUGUUUGGCUAUCUCAGCGCUAAAAACGAGAGUAAGCUGCUGGUAAUUUUCUUUGGUAUGUCGUCUGCUUUCCUUGUAGCAGCAGGGAUGUAUCUAUUAGUUCAGUCGGCAGAAGAUUUACAUAUGGCGGACACAGAUCACAUUUUAAGUCGUGUUUCAUUGUUUACUUCUGUACUGAUGGUGUUUAUGAGGAUAAUUACAUGUACGGGAUGCUACCUAACUUAUCAGAACUUUGGGAAAGGUCUUAAACAAACAGUUUAUGGACCAUUCAAAACACAGACAGAACAAAGCCUUCUGGUAGAAGAUGGAACUUGGAGAAACCCUGGAUUUACUGACAGCUCUGUCCAGAAUUAGAUACUUAUCUAGAUAAUAACUGAAAGCGUAUGUUUAGAUCUGAAGAUUAAUACUCAAACGGUGCAGUGGUAGACUCGAUGUCAGAAUCGACUUCUAGGAAAGACGGUUGAAGUUUAAUACUAGAACUGUUUAGUAAUAGAAUCAUUGUUAGGAAAUACUACGAUGUCAAUGUUUGGAUCGACAUUUGAAAAAAAAACUAGAAUGGUUGUGUUCGAAUCUACGGUUGAAAAUUAAUACUAAAUGGUUCAGGGUUAGAAGCAACGGUAGAAAAUUAAUGAAAAAUAAUAUACUAAAAUGGUUCAGUGCUAGAAUCGAUUGUUGAAAAUCAGUGCUAGAACAGUGAAUUACUAGAAUGGCUGUGUUCGAAUCUACGACUGAAAGUUUAAUAAUACUUGGUUUAGUUUUUGAAUCGACGGUUGGGUGUUGAUGCUCAGACGGUGCAGUGUCCAAAUAAACGAUUGAAAAAGAAUACUUGAUUGGUUCAGGGUUAGAGUCUACGGAAAAUGGCAGUUUUAAGAAACAUUCUUGACUUAGAAGAUGGAUUUAUUUUGAUAACGCGAAUGUAUGCAUUUAAGAUAAUUUUUUAUCGUACUUAGACAGGAUGUUUGUUUUGCCUCUGCUACUUGGAUAUUCGUGACUACAAAAAUAGUGUCAAAGCAGUGUGCAUCGUAUACCGUACGCUAUAUCAGUACCUGAGCUGACGUCAUAUUACUUAAAACACCAACACGUGUCCAGGAUUAUGUUGCUUAUCCGAGCAGCAGUUGUCUCUAGUUUUCACCACAUGACAAUACCAUGAAAGUCAUUUAUGACUCUCAUUUUUGAUUAAAUUCAUUUCAUUCAUUAAAAUCUUGAAAGGGACAUCACUGCGUAUGAGGCUGAAGCAGACGACAAAACUCCAAAAUUGUGCCGUUGCUAUUAAAUUACACGAGUGUUUCCCUAAUCUUAUUUUUUCAUUUUUGUAUUUAUGGUGCAGUACCAGAAACGUGAUAGCAAACAAAAGCCGCGAUUUGACGUCUUUUACAAUAAAAAAAUUAACUUCAGUAAUAAAAUGGACCUGACGUGAGAUUGUCUUUAUAUUGAUCUCUUUGAGAUUCAUUUGAAUCACUCGAGCUCUGGGAUAAGUCAAAGUGCUCUUGUAACACAUGUGUGGGAGCGAUCGUGACCUCAACAAGUCCACUUGAAUACUUCAAGUUGAAUUGUCGGUACAUUCUCCUGACAAUCGCUCAAAUUACGCCAUACAGUUGCAGAACACAACACAAAAUGGACAUUGAGAGAGCCUAAGCCAAUCAGUACUGCUAGUUGGCUAAGCCACCGACACCUAGCAAUACAGAAAAUAUCAGUCAAAACUGACACUGCAUGCACGUCAUACAUGCUACCCCCUAUGAUACAUGUUUUAUAAUAUAGUGGUAUUUUUGUACAUGUAUCAGUCAUUAUAUUGUCCCGCGGGACCGGUUAUUGUUUACCAAUUACACAUGUAUAGUUAAAAAGAGAAUGUGCAACAUAAUUUUUGGCAACUUAGUAUGUAAAACAAGGGAUAAAUUAUUUCUUAAGCUUCCUGUGUUAGCGUAAUUAGUUCAGUUAACUCCAGAAUUUAGGAGGGUUACUAUCUUGUGAGGGACCUCCCUGGCCUAGUGGUUAAGGUCGCUGACUUCAGAUCACUCACCCCUCACCGAUGUGGGUUCGAGCCUCAGUCGGGGCGUUAAAAUCUUCAUGUGAGCAAGCCACCCAGAUGACUUACGGAAGUUCGGUGGUUUUACCCAGGUGCCCGCUCUUGAUAAUUAAAUGCACGGAGGGGCACAUGGGGGUCUUCCUCCCUUAUCAAAGCUGGAAAGAGCUGUAUGACCUAUAUUUGUACCGGUGCGACGUUAAACGCAGCAAAAAGUACUAUAUUAAGAUGAAAACGGAGUUUGGAUGAACAUCAAUUUUAUUGAUCACUUCAUUAAGAAGACAAAAUGAGCACAUGAAUGCAAAAUACAACAGAUGAUAUGGCAUGAAAUCAGUCUGUCUACAAAUCACAUCUGCAGAUUAUAAAAUGUCACAGUAUUACAUAUUGUAAUUCACAACUAUCUGUUGUAAUAAAUCACAAAACUAAAAAAUUAAAUGUCUAUUCAACAUUCUGUUUGAAUGUCCAACGCAAAUCCUUCCUAAAGUUAACAAGGACGACAACUGUUGCGUUACUUUUCUUCUUUCUUUUCUGAGCUCCCCUUGCUGUGAAGAUGUUCGAUAGGAAUCAAAACUUCUUUUGGGGCCUCAACGGCUUUUGGUGCCGGGGCCUCAAUCUCUAAAACACCGUCAGAAGAAAGAUGAGACUUCAGCUUCUUCGGAUCGACGUUUUCUGGAAGUGUGUAUUCCCUGGUAAAUUCCUGGUGAAUUUUGCGUCCUGGCCCUUCCUCUACAUGUUUAGCAUGGACAUUGAGUUUGUUGUCCAAUGUUUUCACCGUAAUCUCCUCUGGUUUGAAUGCACUGCAAUCAAAACGGAGUGAGAGCUUUCUGUUACCGGACGGAUCUG